GAGAGAGAGAGAGAGAGAGAGAGGAUCCGAGUCCCAAAACAAUAUCCUCUUUUCUUUGCAAGAAUCCUUCCAUCAUGGGCUCCGAUCUUGUUCUUCUUUCACUGUCGUCUUUCGCUCCUCGAAGCAAACCCUAAGCUUCGCCCGGACGAGGCCGUGACAGCUAUAUCUCUUUCCUUGGGAUUUCAAGAUUCAUAGCUGAUAGCUGAUCACAAAGAAUUUAGUGAUAAGAUCCGGUGUGGGAUUCACGUGAAGGGUGUGAUCCUAGGGUGACUGAGUUACCAUGAAGACUGGUGGGAAACAGUGUAAAACAACUGUGCGGGCGCAUAGAAAAAACGGACUUGGCUGCACAAAAUCUGUUACUACAAAAACUACCAAGCAGAGGCGGACAACAACAGGGAAAAAGAAUUCUCCAGAACAACCAUCCCCUCUGCAAACCAAGGUUAUGCAAACUAGCCUCCAGGAAACAGGACCUGGAAAUUAUACACUUGUAUCGAAACAAUGUCUACAAUGCCGUGAGAAGCUUAAGAUGCAGCUGUUUCCAAUAGAUGAAGUGACUCGGAAAGGAGUGGAGCAGGGCCAACAUAACCCUUACCUGGAACUGAUUUUAACAACUCGAAAGAAAAUAUCAUCAGUGGUGAAGCACCUCAAUGUCAAGUGGGGCAGUUCAAAAUCUUCAUCAGGAGAGCUAAUGCUCUUUCCAUACAAUGCACAGAUAGACACUCUAGCCAGUCACAGAAGAUGGACAAUAAAAGAUUCUGAUAUCACUGCAGCUGAUGUGUAUGCUUCCAUCGGUAACCCUGCCAUUUUCCGUUUGAGAUAUGGCUGGUUUUCCAAUUCGGAGCCAACAACCGGUGGGAUACUUCCGACACCUCUUCAUUCCGAAGACAAUUUACAGACUAAAGAAAUCCCGCCUAUGAAUAUCACUGACAUGAAAGCGCCUCAGUGUCCUGUAUCAAGCAUGGAAAAUGAGCCAGUGGAUACCAAUAAUUCGUUGAACCAAGUCCCUGGUGAAGCCCUUGUGUUGGAUAAAUCAGUUCAAGCGGUGGAUAAUCUAGGUAAAAGUGACGUGCUUUCAUGGGCUGAUGAUCUAUCUAACAUAAGCAUUGGAGCUCUUCUAUCUGAAACAUCACCAGCUUUAGAUGUCAACUUUUGCCAUCCAUUGCCUGCACAGAAGAACUCAAGUCUUCAGCAGAUUCCAAUUACCUGUGAUUCAUUUGAUGUUGCUAUUGCUUCCCUUGUUGCCCAUCAUCAAACCACAAAUCAGUCCACACAGGUUCUCCAUUCGUCCAUUUGGGAUGCUGAAGAAACAUGUCAUGCAUUUCCAUUUCAUAAGAUCAGUUCAAGCAAUAAUGAUCCAGCUUCAUCCAAAGAUGCUCUUAUGACUACAUGCGUAGGUUCAAAUUCAGUGGGAGUUAAUGAUGUGCUAGGCACUCAGGUGGGGCAUGCAUCAGCAGAGCAUGUUUAUCAAGAACCUGUGACUAAUCUGCAGAUCCAAACAAAGAGUGACGCAAUUCCAGAACUUGCGGCAGGCUUGCAGCCCAACGCCCAGGAUAAUGCUAAUAAAGAAUUGAAAACAAGUUCAGAGCCUCAAAUAGAAGCUUUACGCAACAGUGAUUUUGGGAGGGUGGAUAUCUACUGGCCUGAGUCCUUGGCUACACUGGAACACGUGGCAACUUGCUCUAGGCAGAUGAACGGUGGUGACACUCUUAAUCUUGGCGCAUCAUUUGAGACAAGUCUUGAUGCAUUCCAGAACUUCUCUAUUUUUUGAUGCAGAGAAGAUGCCCUAUUUUUGAAGCUGCGUCAUAGGCUAGGCCAUCCUUCUAGGGAUAGCUUAUGGGCGUGCAAUCAUGGCAUUUCUCGCGACCUAUCUUGUCCAUUGAUACACUUUAUCCUCUUGGACUGCAUGGAUGGAUCUCUCUCCCCCUAAAAUUAUGUCUCUCCCCUUGUUUAUGGCUGUUUCUCUAUUCCGCAUCUUUCUUCUUGGCCCCGUACGAGGCUUGCCUCUCUCUCACCCGGGCCCAGCAAAGCGAAGCGGUGUAAGAAAGCUCACCAUCAUGUGUAUGAAUCACCAUUUAAAAACGAGGAUGUGUAGGGGGGGCCAAAAGCAAAUUAAGAUUUUGGCUUAUGUUUGGAACCCGAUCGAGGCGAAGGAUUUGGGCUAACCCAGGCUCAGACAAUAUUCUGACAUGGCCGCUCGCCAGACUGCACCUCAAAUCAUGAAUUUGCGCCUUUUUUUAAAAGAAAUUAAUCAUUACUGAUAUAUUUUGAUUGUCAUGAGUUUUUAUUGCGUCAUUCCUUAAAAGAUUAGAUAUGCUAGUGGUAUUUCCUGCCUA